AUGACCAUCACCAAGCCCUACUACCCGCCUUUCGUCCACGUCGAGCCAACGAAGGAGAACAUCCCCUUUGUCGAACUCGGCGUCGUCGACCUGUCCAAGUAUGUCGAAGGGCCCGAGGGACUCGAGGCAAGGAAGCAGCUGGCCGCGGAACUCGAAGAGGCCGUCUCUACGCAAGGCUUCUUCUUCCUCGAAGGCCACGGCUACCCUACGACCAAGCUCGACUACCUGCAAGCCGUCUCGCAAGCGAUCCUCGACCUCCCGCUCGAGGAGAAGCAGCGGUACUCGGCUGGCUCGGCUCAGUCCGACGCGGAUGCUAUCGACGACGCGAAGAAGCUUGGUGCUGAGCGAGGAAGCGGUUUCAAGCAGCGAGGUUACUGGGCCAUGCAAAACAGCGUCCGCGACGCAAUCGAGCACAUCAACUACCGCGACCUCCUCCACCCGACCCUGCGCGACAAGCACUCCUACCCUCCGCUCGUCCAGCAACACCUCCCCGAAAUCGUCGAGUACUUCAGUUACCUCCAUCUCAACGUCGUCCGCAAACUCGCAAGCUUGUUCGACAUCAUCCUUGAGCUGCCGGAGGGAACGGUUUGGAACUUAUUUGAGGUGCGCGAGGAUCAGCCGGAGCUGUCUGGCGGAGGAUUCGGUCGCGCGAUGCUCUACCACGGCAUGAGCGCCUCAGACGAAGCCAAAACCAACAACACCUGGCUCCGCGGCCACUCGGACGCCUCAGCCCUCACCUUCAUCACAUCGCAGCCGAUGGCGUCGCUUCAGUUCCGUGACUACCACGACGGCGAGUGGAAGUACGUCGGGUACCGCCCGAACGCCCUUGUUGUCAAUAUCGGCGACAGGUUCGAGUUCCUGACGGGCGGAUGGGCAAAGUCGACUAUUCACCGAGUUGUCAGUCCGCCCAAGGACCAGCGCGGACACCGUCGUCUCGGCUUGAUCUACUUCUGCGACAUUCAGCCCUCGGUGUACAUCGACCCCGACACGCUCCGCUCGCCCAAACUCGCUCGUCUUGGCUACAAGAAGCCCGAAGAGUGGGAGCGGAUCACGGGCGAGCAGUGGGACGAACAAAAGGCCAAGUCGUUCGGCAAGGCGUACAUCAACUUGCCGCCUGGGGACGAGCCGGCGCCUUUCUAUAUUUACGGAAGGCUGGCGGAGCGGUGGCAUCAGCUGGGGAAGUAG